GAAUCAAAAAACAAAAACACAAAAAUCCCCAAAUUACCAAAAUCCUCGGCGACAAAGAGGAGAGAGAGAGAGAGAAAAAAAUGGCUUCGAUCCUUCCGCCGGAGCUGGACAACGACUCACUAGCAUCAUCGCCGAGAUCGGAGUACGAUAGUCAGCCACGUGUACGGUUCAUGUGUACUUUCGGAGGAAGGAUCUUGCCACGUCCGCCGGAUAAUCAGCUCUGUUACGUCGGCGGUGAUAAUCGUAUGGUCGCUGUUCAUCGUCAUACUACUUUUGCUUCUCUCCUUAGUAAACUUGCUAAACUCUCCGGUAAAAGCAACAUAAGCGUGAAGUACCAGCUACCAAACGAAGAUCUUGACGCGUUGAUUUCCGUAUCAACGGACGAAGAUGUAGAGAACAUGAUGGAUGAAUACGAUCGCGUCGCACAGAAUCAAAACCCACGCGCCUCUCGUCUUCGUCUCUUUCUCUUCACCAAAAACCUCGCCGGAGAAGAAGAUAACGAUAGUCGAGCUAGCAGUAUCAGUUCUCUCCUCGAUAGCUCCGUUAAUCGAGAGCAGUGGUUCCUCGAUGCUCUUAAUCUCGGUUCUUCCGCCGCCGCAACCGCAGCUUCUAACGGCGGGUCCGGUAGAGUUUUCGAGCGCGUUAGAUCUGAAGUCUCGUCGAUUGUUUCUGAAGUUCCUGAUUAUCUCUUUGGAUUGGAUAAUUUUGAUGAAACUGCUCCGCCGCAUGAGCUUCGUGAUCGUGAUCCGAGAGCUAAGAUUCAACGAGAAGUCUCGACGCUUUCGGAUCCUGGUUCGCCACGUCGCGAUGUUCCUUCGCCGUAUGGUUCGACGUCUUCGGCUCCUGUGAUGCGAACAUCUACACCGGAACUUCCACCACCGGUUUUAACUAAACCGGAAAGUCCAGAACCGGUUUCGACUCCUAAAUCCGAUUCUCAACCGGAACAAGUAAUUCAACAGAGUAAUCUCCCGGUUAACUCGCAAUGGCAAUACGCCCCCGGCCCAGGCCCACAGGUUCAUUACCAGGGUCAUACCAUUCACCAAUCACCGGUUUAUUACGUUCCUGGUUCUGUUCCGGGUAAUCAUAUGGUUCAACCGGGAAAUCAUAUGGUUCAACCGGGUAAUCAUAUGGUACAACCAGUUCAAAUGCAGGGUCAGUAUCUUCAACAAUACCAUCAUGUACCAAUGGGAUACCACCAACCUCAGACUCAUCAGAUGGCUGGUCCGGGUCAAAUGUAUGGUGGAACGGUUAGGCCGGUUAUGAUGGCAGUUGAUGGAAUGAACCGGACGGGUUAUUAUGGAAUGAAAACACCCGGUCCGGUUCAAAUGUAUCAUCAUCACCCUGGUAUGGUUGUUCCUGGCGUAGAAGAACAACAAAAAUACAGAACCGAAACGGAUUCGGAUCCGGGUCGGGCUUCUUAGCUGGUUGAAGAAACAUGAGAAAUAAUC